CUGUUUGCUAGGGGCUAUCUUGCGCUGCUGCUGUAGCUCUGAGCUGUCUUGUUCAUGUCGGACGUACCAAAACUCCGUAUAACUCUCCUUGGGGCUGGACAGGAAGUCGGAAGGUCUUGUUGCGUUAUACAAUAUCGUGGCCGGACAAUCGUCUGCGAUGCCGGCGUCCACCCAGCUUAUAGCGGAAUUGCGUCUCUUCCCUUCAUAGACGAUUUGGACUGGAGUACCGUCGACGUCCUGCUCAUCACACAUUUCCACCUCGAUCAUGCUGCAGCACUCACGUACAUUAUGGAGAAGACGAAUUUCCGCGACGGCAAGGGCAAGGUGUACAUGACGCACCCUACGAAGGCUCUCCACAAAUUCAUGAUGCAAGAUUUCGUUCGAAUGAGCACUUCCUCCGCAGACACCCUGUUCACACCGCUGGAGAUGUCUAUGUCUCUUGCAUCUAUCAUUCCGGUCUCGGCCCACCAGGUGAUCACCCCCUGUCCUGGUGUCACUUUCACGCCCUACCACGCUGGUCAUGUUCUUGGAGCUUGCAUGUUCUUGAUCGAUAUUGCUGGUCUGAAGAUCCUGUACACUGGCGACUACUCUCGGGAAGAGGACCGACAUCUGGUCAAGGCCGAAAUCCCACCGAUACACCCCGACGUGCUCAUCGUGGAGAGCACGUACGGGGUCCAAAGUCACGAGCCCAGAGACGACAAGGAGGCGCGUUUCACUAAUCUAGUGCACUCCAUCAUCCGUCGCGGAGGCCAUGUCCUCCUCCCUACGUUCGCGUUGGGACGGGCGCAGGAGCUUCUGCUGAUUCUGGACGAAUACUGGGCAAAACAUCCGGAUCUUCACAAUGUACCAAUAUACUACGCCUCCAGCCUCGCCCGGAAGUGCAUGGCUGUGUACCAGACGUACAUCCAUACCAUGAACUCCAAUGUAAGAACACGGUUCGCGAAGCGCGACAACCCCUUUGUAUUCAAGCAUAUCACGAACGUUCCCGGCACGCGAGGGUGGGAGCGCAAGAUCGCUGAGGGCCCGCCAUGUGUCGUGUUGGCAUCACCCGGGUUCAUGAACUCGGGCCCCAGCCGGGAACUCCUGGAGCUCUGGGCGUCGGACUCGAAAAACGGCUGCAUCGUGACGGGAUACUCCGUGGAAGGGACGAUGGCGAGGGACAUCCUCAACGAGCCUAGCGAGAUCGUCGGCAUGAAAGGGAACACGAUCCAGAGAAAGCUCUCGGUCGACUACAUCUCGUUCAGCGCGCACGUGGACUACUCGCAGAACUCGGAGUUCAUGGAGCUCGUCAAGCCUCAGCAUAUCGUACUAGUCCACGGCGAGGCGACGGGCAUGGGCCGUCUCAAGGCCGCCAUGCAGGACCGGUACAAGAGCCGGGACGAGGAGAUCAAGAUUCAUACGCCACGCAACCUGGAGACACUGGAGCUGACCUUCCGCAGCGAGCGUGUGGCGAAGGCCAUCGGCACGCUCGCCGCGCACCCGCCACAGCCAAACGACGUCAUCUCGGGGUUGCUGGUGUCCAAGGACUACUCGUACACGCUGCUGGACCCGCGCGACUUGCGGGACUUCGCCGGGCUGACGACGUGCGUGGUGACGCAGCGGCAGAAGGUCGCGCUCGGCGUCGGCUGGGACCUCGUCCGCUGGCAUUUGGAGGGCAUGUUCGGGCAGAUCGAGGAGGGGCUGGACAAGGACGGCAUCCAGACCAUGAGGGUCAUGGGCGCCGUGGACGUCAAGCUGUCGGGGGAGCAAGAGCUCACGCUCGAGUGGGACUCGAGCGCAAGCAACGACAUGAUCGCCGACGCGACGCUCGCGCUCAUCAGCGGGAUCGACAAGAGCCCCGCCUCCGUGAAAUUGACGACGCAUGCGCACUCGCACUCGCACCCCCCCGAACACCGGCAUCCUCACGCAGACAUCACCGACGAAUCCGCGCCCGUGACGCGGAUACAGCGCCUCUGCUGGUUCCUCGAGGCGCACUUCGGCGACGUCGAGCUGCACAUGCCCGAAGAGGACGACGCGGAGCAGAGCGAGGACGCCCCCGAGCCCUCUCUCCUGGUCACGCUAGACGAGGCGGACGCCGUCAUCAAUCUGCUCUCUAUGACGGUGACGAGCUCGAGCGAAGCCCUGAGGCGGCGCGUGGAGGCCGUCCUCGAUAUGGCCGUGUCGACGGUCAGCUCGCUCAGCGAGGCGUUCACCGCCGGCGUGCCCCUCCAGGUGGAGGAGGCGGCGCAGGGCGAGAGCGGGGGCAAGGACAAGUCCGGUUCGUCGUCUGGCCUCCCCGCGAUUCCGGAGGACAGGGAGGAGAACCCCGAGAAGGAUGUGUCUAUGGAGGACGCGGAAAAGCCGGAGGUGAACGGUGCCGAUACGGAGGUCCCUCAGGCCGACGGCGAGGAUGGAGCGGCGGGCGACGGAGACGACGGAGACGAUGGAGACGACGGUGAGGACGAAGAGGAAGAGGAUGAUGCUAUCUUGCAAGUGCACGUUUAGGUACCUUUGUCUUUGCUCUGUGUUUCGAACGACGUGUUUUCGUAGUACG